GGAACCCUCUGAGAAUAUCAUAUAUAUGUUAUGCUCUACUAUCAUAUAUAACUAUUACUAUUGUGAUUCUUCUGUUAUAGUGCCCGUUAGCUUCCUUUUGUUUAUUCUUCAUUGUUUCGUAACCGAUAUGAAGAAGAUAUUUGUUUUGAUUUUGAUAUUCUGGAUUGGUUUUGGACAUGGCCAAAGAACAUUCGACGUUCUCGAGUACGGUGCUGCUGGAGAUGGAAAAACUGACGAUUCCAAGGCUUUUCUAAAAGCAUGGGGAGAGUUGUGUGGAGCAGCAGAUGAACCUAAUGGCAUGCCAACACUUGUUAUACCAGAGAUGAAAGCAUUCUUAUUGCAACCCAUCAAGUUUCGAGGUCCUUGCAACUCAAAUGGUGUUCAUGUUCAAAUCAUGGGCAAACUGGUGGCACCUAAAAUGCUGGAUGGAUGGACCGAGCGUGAAUCAGAUUCAGAUUGGCUCCAAUUCAAGGAUGUGGGCAAUCUCGUAGUCGAUGGUUCAGGAGAAAUCGACGGUCAGGGUUCAUCUUGGUGGACCACUACCAACCAAUACGACAGAUUAUCACGCAAACUCAUGAUGAACAAGCAGAAUUGCAAAGCACCAGAUGCUCUGCACUUCCAUGGAUGCGAUAAUCUUAAACUAAGUGGACUUACUCAUCUAAACAGCGCAAGAGCCCACAUUGCUAUAAGUGGGUGCAACAAUGUGUAUGUGUCUCAUCUCACCAUAACCGCACCUGAAGACAGUCCAAACACUGAUGGCAUUGACAUCUCAAACUCACGCAAUGUCUUCAUUCAACACUCUGCUAUCGGAACCGACGAUGACUGCAUAGCCAUCAACGGUGGCUGCUACGAUCUCAACAUUGCCAACAUCGCGUGUGGGCCGGGUCAUGGUAUUAGUGUGGGAAGCUUGGGAGCGAAUGGGGCUCUUGAGACAGUGCAAAAUGUGUACGUGAGAGAUAGUAGUUUCAGUGGGACUACAAAUGGAGCUAGGAUCAAGACAUGGCAGGGAGGAUCGGGGUACGCUAAGAACAUAACCUUUGAGAAGAUCACACUCGAUGCAGCUAAAAAUCCCAUCAUCAUUGACCAGUUUUAUUGUAAUAAUGAUCACAACUGUAAAAGUCAAGCCUCGGCUCUGUUGGUGGAAGAUGUGAAGUACAUUGAUUUUGAAGGAACAUCUGCGAAUGAGGAGGCGAUCAAAUUAGAUUGUGACCAGAAUUCAGGUUGCCGCAACAUUAUAAUGGACCGCAUCAAAAUCACCUCGGCGGUUCCUGAUAAGAAGAUUUAUGCUUCUUGCAACAAUGCUAUUGGAACUUCCAUUGGCACCAUUGUGCCCAAUGUACCUUGCCUCAAGUCAGGGACGGAACCGACUACUUCUCCGCCAGCUAUGCCUUUGCCAACUCCGCCUUUGCCAGCUAUGCCUCCGCCGUCUCCGCCUUUGCCCGUUAUGCCUCCGCCGUCUCCGCCUGUGCCCGUUAUGCCUCCGUCAUCUCCGCCUGUGCCUGUUAUGCCUCCGCCAUCUCUGCCUGUGCCCGUUAUGCCUCCGCCAUCUCCGCCAGUGCCCGUUAUGCCUCCGCCUGUGCCUGUUAUGCCUCCGCCAUCUCCGCCUGUGCCCGUUAUUCCUCCGCCAUCUCUGCCUGUGCCCUUUAUUCCUCCACUAUCUCCGCCUGUGCUCGUUAUGCCUCCUUCAUCUCCACCCUUGCCAGCUACGCCUCCGCCUCUACAGGUUAUGCCUCCGCCUUUGCUAAAUAGGCCUCGCCCAACUCUGCCUUUGCCAACUACACCUCCACCAGUUCCUCUGCUUACGCCCCUAGCUCCGCUGGUACCAACUCCGCCUCCCCCAACUCCGCCACCAAUACCACAAAUGUCCUUCACAGGGGAACCAGGAGUGCCAGAUAUUUACUUCACACCUGAACACAAAGUCGAUAACUUGGCAUUUAAUUUCCCGCAGAAGCUCAAACCAGCUGCAUCAGUGUUAGAUUUAGUGGCAGCAUGCCCUCCUAGUCCUAACCUGACGUUUUUGUGGGGUCCUGCGGAUGUGUACUCAUCUUCAUGGGUGGAGUUUUAUCGAGCAGUGAGGAGGACUUUGCAUCGAGAUGGUUUCUUGCUUCCACAAGAUGGUUUGGGAGAUCCUGAAGAGUUCAAUUUACUUCUUGUGGUGGUGGAGGCAAAGAAGCUAGGGUACAUUUUGUGA